AUGGACAAAGUCACUCUGACCACAUACAUUUUGAUGCUAUUCUUCCUUAGCUCCAGCGGUUAUGGUAAGAAGGAAGAGGUUAUAUUCUGCUCUGAAACCCAGAAGGCAUUUGGUGGAGCUUGCUAUGAGUUUGUGGGUCUGCAGUUUUCCUUUCUGAGAGCUCAGACAUGGUGUGAGCGAGGUGGGGGUCACCUGGUCUUCAUCUUGAAUGAUGAAAUUCAGCAGUUCCUUCAAACACACCUGGAGUCUGAUAAGGAUUGGUGGCUGGGGCUGGCACCUGCAGCUCCGAACCUCACACUGGAUCUCUCUUCCACAGAAGGUUCUCUUGCAUGGUUGGACGGUUCAGACGUCAGCUAUAGUAACUGGGUAAACUUACCAGAGGCCCAGGAGACUUGUGGACACAUCCUGCGACACACAGGUUUCCAGUGGACAGCCACAGAAAAUUGUACCCAGGAACUCAACUUUGUCUGCCAGUUUGAUUUUGGAAGAACAGUUGCAUGUGAAGGCCAAAAUGCAACAAUGCAGUGUGGUUCUGGCCAGGUUCUGGAGAUUGAAGAUGCCUUCUAUGGGCGAAAAACUGUUCACUAUUGUCGAUCCCACUUCACAGCUUUACCCACAUUCUCCCAGGAGGAAUGUAGCUGGAUUAAUGUGCUGGAACCUGUAAUAGCCCAUUGUCGUGGACUGCAAGCCUGCCAGGCUCCAUUGGAUCUGAGCUCCUUAACUGAACCGUGUCUAGUGAUGGGAAGUUAUCUAUCUGUAGAGUACCACUGCAAAGAUGGACUUCACUUAUUGAUGACGAAACUGGCAUCUGUUGUUGAUAAUGUUACCAUCACUGUGAAGUGGCUUCUUCAUUCAUUUCACGGAAACUUAACUUGCACCGUCGAUGCUGGAGAUGGCUACGUCAUUGAUCCAUACAAUCCAGAAAAGAUGGAGUCCACCAUCAUACACAGAUUUCAGCAGCCUGGUGUUUUCAUGGUUGGGGUUGAAUGCACUACCAGUGAUUGGCACGUCACAGCUCAGAAAACAAUAACAAUUCAAGAGCCUGUUGGACAGUUCAGAGUGGUUAAGUGUCAUGGCAGCAAUGUGACAACGGAUGACACCAAAUGCAACGCACUUUAUGGCGAGCCUGUUCAGAUUCAGCUUGGGUUGGAAUCAGGUACAAAUGUUACCUACACAGUUUAUCACAAUGGAUGUCAGAUUGCAAACUCUUCAGUGGACUCAGGGAUCACACCUCACAACAUCACACUGGAGGACACCGUGGUGCAAAGUCUUAAACACGGCUGCAACAAUUUGACGCUAGCUGCAUCUAACGGAGUCACACCCCACCCAGUGUCCACUGACCUGCUGCUGUGCCUGCUAGAACCUGUUGUCGGCCUGCAGGCCUUAGUGAUGGCAGAGGGGGAUGCAUGUCCAGACUCUCCUGAUCUCACCAUUGGUGUCUCAUUGGAGCGAGGAGCCCCACUGGAGCUGCUUUUUAAUCUUACUGGGUUUAGGGACGCACUGACUGAGACCAGAAACAUGCUAAAUAACAGCUUGCAUACUUAUACAUUUUCAAACCCACUGGAAGGGCCUUUGAAAGUGAAAGUCCAAGCUGUGAAUGUCUUUUCAACCUCUCAGCUGGAAGUGGACUUACUGAAAAUACUUCAGGCUUGCCAGAAUUACUCCUCAGUAAGCCAAGAUGGAAAUACAAAAGAUCCCUCUGAAAUCUCAGGUUCCUUGGAAAUAACGACGACUUCUGACAAGCUGGUUAACCGCAGUCAGAGUGUUGAGCUGAAUGUAGCCGGUGCUGAAUCGUUGGACAGCAAAGGACUCAUAUUUGAGUGGCAAUGUAAAGGACACUGCUCAUGCAAAAAUGUAACAAGGGAUGAAACUCAUAUUAUUGAAAAAGAUUGCCUUCCUAAUCCAUUUGAAAUUUUUGAAUACACCUUGACUGUGAGAAAAACAACAUGGUUUAGGAAAUGGGUUGAGAUUGCCCAAGCAUCUAAAUGUGUCACAGUUGCUCCUCUGAAUGAAUUUCAAGAUGUCACAAUCAGUUGCGACAACUGUGAUUCCUUAAAGGUGAAUGACAAUGCAAAGCUAAGUCUCAGUUGUGAUACAACUUGCCCGGAUGUAGUUUGGUAUAUUGAAGCUCCCAACCCUUUGACGGGUGAUCUCAAUGAAUGUUACACCAAAGCAGGAAGAAGCCCUCCCAUUGAAAAACAGCAUGGCAACACUGAAUACACAGUUCCCAGCCAACAUCUAAAAAAUUCAAGGAGCAUGCUGCGCAACAUCAUCGUAAUUGCUUACGGCGAGGACAUCCCUGGUUUUGCCAAGUACAUUAUUCCAAUACCAGGUCCAGACACAUCAGUGCCUGCAGAUGCUCCUGCUGUCCCUACAUGUACCAUCUCUCCACACUCAGGAACUGUGCUCGAUCCUUUUGAAAUAACCUGCAAGUCGAUGUCUUUUUGUUCCACAGGCUGUUUUUAUUGCUUCAGGACCGACACAGGCAAACCUCUGCAUUGCAGUUAUACAAAUGUGGUGAAACCAAUCUUCUUGCCUCUGGGAGAUGAGAAGAACAAUCACGUUGUGUCUGUGGUUGUGACUAUGAAAAAUAAACACAAAACAGCUACUUCGACUGUUGUGACUCAGGUAAGGAAAAGUAACUUUAGCACCUCCAUACCAUCUCUACAGUCUGCAGUGGAAGACACUGUAGAUCAAUUGGAGCUGCAGGGCCUGCUCUCUGGUGAGGCACUUGGACAAAUAUUCACUUCUGUUUCUGACAUGCUGAAUUCAGAGGUGGAUCAAGAUCAGAAGGAUGCAAAGGCAAAGCUCCGGGAGCAAAUGUUGAUCAAAAUGACAGCAGUUCUGCAGGACUGUCCCAGCAACACGACUCAGGAAGUACAAGUGACGGCUGAGGCUGUGGCGGGAUUAACGCAGUUGUCAGAUGAGCUCAGUCCUGCUGCUCAAGAAGAAGCUGGCUCAUUGUUGGUAAACCUGAGCUCGUACCUCAGAACUAUAACCAACAAACUGCUUGAAAGUGGAGAUGAAGAUGUUGUACAAGCAGCUACACCAAUAGUUGAAGCAGCCAGUAAUAUUCUGAAUGUUUCAUCAAAUAAAAAAGUCUCAGAUUUUCUUCUAGCUGGGAUCAACAAUCUUCAGAGUGCUUUGCUGAAUAAUAAGAAGUUGAAUGCAGAGCCUGUGGUCAUUGAUUCUGGUCAGAUCAGUGUAUAUGUUAAUAGAAUAUCCUCAGAAGACAUGCAGAUGCAGAACAUAAAUGUCCAGAAGAAAGGCUCCUCCAGCUUUUCCGUUCCCACGCUACCACCUGGUAUUGUCUCUCCAGAAGAGCCAGUAGACAUCAGAAUGAUGAGUUUUGAGAAGAAUCCAUAUGCUUGGAAGGAUGAAAACAUCACAGGAACCGUCGCCUCCCUGUCUUUCACCAGAAUGGACGGCACAGUCAUACCUGUAGAAAACCUACUUCAGGAAAUAGAGAUUCUUCUUCCCAGGCUUGACAUCGGAUUGCAGAACAGCACAGUCCUUGACCUCGCCAACUUCAGCACAUUAAUGAUUGACAUACCGUCAGCAGAGGUGACCCUGGUGCUGAAAAUGGAGCCCUCUGAGGACAUAUCCUUCAUGGUAUUCCUUGGCUAUAAAGUUUAUCCAAACGAUAACAGUUAUGUGGCCAAGACUCGGCUCCCACUAAAGAAUACAAAUAAAGAGGAAAAACUUACCUGGGUGCUGAGUCCAAAAGACCGAAAAGGAGGGGCAGGAGUCCAUUACCUUCUUGUAAAGCCGAUUGUUAAACCAGGUGUGAAAUCCGUCAAUGCCACAGUUGCUAUCACUUCCAUUGCUGCUCAGUGCAAAUACUGGAAUGAAACCAGGUCCUCCUGGAGUGAAGAUGGCUGCAGGGUCGGCCCCCUCACCACACCUUUGGUCACUCAGUGCCUCUGUAACCACUUAACAUUCUUCGGCAGCUCCUUCUUUGUCAUACCCAACCUGGUGGACGUUUCCCGCACUGCUGAACUCUUUGCUACAUUUGCUAACAAUCCAGUGGUGGUGUGCUUCGUAGGAUGUAUUUUUGCUGCUUAUCUGCUGGUGGUGGUCUGGGCCCGCAGGAAAGACCUCCUGGACUCUACCAAGGUCAAGAUAACAGUUCUCAAGGACAAUGACCCUCUAGCUGAAUAUCGCUACAUGCUAACUAUUAGCACAGGUCAUCGUCAUGGUGCAUCCACUACCUCUCAGGUUACCAUAACUCUGCUGGGAACAGAGGGAGAAAGCGAACCCCACCACCUGGCAGACCCUGGAAAGCCUGUGUUUGAGAGGGGCGGGAUGGACAUGUUUCUGAUGACCACACACUUUUCUCUCGGAGAUCUGCAGAGCAUAAGACUCUGGCAUGACAACUCAGGAGACCACCCUGCAUGGUAUGUGAAUAAAGUGAUGGUGCAGGAUCUGGAGACUGGUAGGAAAUGGCACUUUCUGUGUAAUUCCUGGCUCGCUGUAGAUAUGGCUGAGUUCUGUCUUGACAAGGUCUUUCCUGUGGCUACAGAGUCAGAUUUAAAGAGAUUUAGUAACCUGUUUUUCAUGAAGACAGCCAAGGAUUUUCAAGAUGGGCACAUCUGGUUCUCAGUCAUUAGCCGGCCUCCCUGCAGUACGUUCACACGUGUGCAGCGGGUGUCCUGCUGUUUUUCUCUUCUUCUCUGCACCAUGCUGACAAGCAUCAUGUUUUGGGGCAUUCCCACAGACCCGUCUGAGCAGACCAUGGACUUAGGUCACAUUGAGUUCACCUGGCAGCAGGUUAUGGUUGGAAUUCAAAGUUCCAUCAUCAUGUUUCCCAUCAAUCUGCUCAUCGUCAGCAUCUUCAGAAACACUCGUCCUCGAGAGAAAACUGCCAAAGCAGAGGGAUUGAAACAAGGGAACACAGUUAAAGUUUCUCCCUCACAGACUACAUCUCCUCACAAAGAGAUCAAGCACAUCACUCCAGACACUGUGAUUAAGGACAUAAAGAGAAUUACACAGUCACUCUCAAAGGCCAUGAAGAGUCCAAUGCCACAUUUUGAGCUCCAUCCAGGUCAGCAGGCAGACAUCAACACACUGCUGUCUCUGGUGGAGGACAUCAUUAGACAUCAGAACAAAAUGGCUGGAGACUUCUACUCAAACUGCUCGAAGAAAGACACCAACAUAAUCUUGAGUUUGGGAGCUGUAAAUCUACAAGAAAACAGUUUGUGGGGGAGGCCAGAAAAGACAUCUGAGGAAGCUCAAAAGAAGAGCAACAACAGUCUGUACCUGUACAAGCAGCUGGGUCAUGUUGAGAAGGCGCUUCGUCUGUUGGGACCUUCUCGUUUUCCUAACACCAGCAGCUACAACAGGGCCAUGCAGCAAGUUCAGGGAAUAAAGAGUCACUUGGAGUCUUUGCUGAAUGGAGAUCAGGUGAACCGCAGCCCCAGUCCUGAAGACAGCAUCAGCAGCAGCGCUGAAAAGAAGCACUGCCAGGGAGGGCUGCCAUGGUGGUUUGUGUUUGUUGGGUGGAUAUUGGUGAUUGCAACCAGUACUGUGUCGGGAUACUUCACUAUGAUGUAUGGGCUGACCUAUGGGAAGGACCAGUCUAUAAACUGGCUUAUCUCCAUGGUGGUGUCCUUUUUUGAGAGUCUCUUUAUCACCCAACCCCUAAAGGUUCUUGGUUUUGCUGCCUUCUUUGCUCUUGUUCUGAAGAAAGUUGACCAGGAAGAAUUUGGAGAACCUCAGAUAGAUGAGAACCUCAUUCAUCCAGAUGAUCCUGAUGUGGUGCGUGUAGCUAGAAGAGACAGCACAUGCAGCUUCUACCAACCACCACCUCCUACUGACAUUGUGAGGAUGAGAAAAAACAUAAUUCAGGAGCAGAAAGUCUUUGACCUCAUCAGGGAGAUUCUUGCUUACAUGGGAUUCAUGUGGGUGUUGCUUCUGGUAGCGUACGGUCAGAGAGACCCUAACGCUUAUUUUCUGAGCCGGCACGUUCGACAAAGCUUCAGCAAAGGAAUCUCCAACAGCAUGAGCAUUCAGGAAGUGUUCAACUGGGCAAACACAACUUUACUGAGCAACCUUUAUGGAGAAUACCCAGGCUUUAUUACAGAUGGAAACUCAAAGCUGGUGGGUAAUGCUCGUCUCCGCCAGGUGAGAGUGCAAAAAAACACGUGCCAUCUUGCUCGCACCAUGCAGAAGUCUGUGCCAGACUGCCAUGCUUCUUACUCCUGGGAGGCAGAGGACAUUAGCUCCUAUGGCCCAGGUUGGAGCCUGCCUGUGGGAGAUAACACAUCACUGAACCACCAUAGCCUGUGGGUGUACAGAUCUCAGAGUGAGCUGAGGGCUUUUCCCAUCUGGGGCAGCGUAAUGCUCUACAGAGGAGGUGGCUUUGCCAUUGAUCUGGGGCCAGACUUACAAAAGUCAAGGAGAAUCCUUAGGUACCUUUACGACAAUACCUGGUUAGAUGUGUACACCCAAGCCAUCUUUGUUGAGUUCACUGUGUACAACGCAAAUGUGAACCUCUUUUGCAUUGUUACACUCAUGCUGGAAACCACAGCCAUCGGAGCUUUCCAGUUCCGCAGUGAGCUUCACAGUGUUCGUCUUUACCAGUCAACGGGUGGCCUCCACAUCUUUGUAAUGGCCUCUGAAAUCGUUUACUUUCUCUUCAUCAUCUACUAUAUGCUUGUUCAGGGAAAGCUAAUGAGGAGCCAGAAAUGGGCUUAUUUCAAAGGAAAGUGGAACCUGCUGGAGUUGGCGAUCAUAGUCCUCAGCUGGAGUGCGCUGUCUGUCUUCAUCAAGAGAACUUUAUUGGGAAAGAGGGAUAUAAGCUUUUAUCAGAACAACAAAGACCAAUUUGCCAGUUUUCAUGAGACAGCCCAGGCAGACGCAGUGCUCGGGUAUCUGAUUGCUUUUCUGGUUCUGCUGGCUACAGUCAAACUGUGGCACCUGCUGAGACUCAACCCGAAGCUGCACAUGAUCACGGCAACACUGCAGAGAGCUUGGACUGAUAUUUCAGGCUUCCUGGUGGUCAUGACCAUCAUGUUCCUGGCAUACUCCAUUGCAUCUAAUCUGAUGUAUGGGUGGAAGCUUUACUCCUACCGGACUCUGCUUGACGCUGCACAAACUAUUGUCAGCUUGCAGCUUGGUAUUUUUAACUACGAAGAGGUUCUGAACUACAAUCCAGUGCUUGGGACUUUCCUUAUUGGCUCCUGCAUUGUGUUCAUGACCUUUGUGGUGCUGAACCUCUUCAUCUCUGUUAUUCUCGUGGCAUUCAGUCAAGAGCAGAUACAUCACAAGCCAUCAGAAGAGGAGGAGAUUGUUGACCUGAUGUUGAUGAAACUCUGCAACUUCUUCGGAGUUAAAUGUCAGAAACAAGUGGUUUCCUAACUGGGAUUCAUCUGAGGAUAAAGAAUAAUAUCAUGUUCAGAGUCCAACAUUCAAGCAAUGCAAAUGUGUUGGUUCAGCCACAGUUGCUGUAGCUUGCUUUUAUUUAGUUGCCAAUAACCUUUUUCCGUGUAUAUGAGUCCAUGCAAGUUAAUUAAUUGUUUAUCUCUGAGGCUGCAGAUCUAUAACUAUUAAAUGAGACACGUUAACAUUGUCAUGUAAUGGCAGCUAAGGAUAUUGUGCAAUGAGACCUUACAUAUGUUAUACAAAUAAUUAGUGCAAUUAUCAAAAUAUCUUGUAUAAUUUGCUUUUUGUGACUAUUACUUAAACCGAAGAAAACUCCUUCUUCACUAUAUGUUUGUCAUUUCUGCCAGCUCUAAUCUCUAACUGGUGAGCCAUUUCUUGCUGAUGAUAAAUAAACCAUAGGAAAUGGAAAUAAA